AUGGGACUUCCACAGGAAUUCAGGGAGCUUGGGGCGGUUGAGGAGGAGCGGAGCGCAAGUGUUGUGAUGGUGGGCAAUGGGGAGCAUUUCUGUCGAGAUUUGCAUCACAAUGGGGAGGGAGGGCCGGUGCACGACUCUUUUUUGAGCUACCUCAAAGAUGGGGAGGGAGGGCCGGUGCACGACCCUUCAAAGCCGAGGUUCGCAGCACCGAUGGGGUCUGGGCUCGGCACUGCUUUGACUGACUACUCAGCAGCAGCAGCAGCAGCAGCAGCAGCAGCAGCAGCAGCAGCAGCAGCAGCAGCAGCAGCAGCAGCAGCAGCAGCAGCAGCAGCAGCAGCAGCAGCAGCAGCAGCAGCAGCAGCAGCAGCAGCAGCAGCAGCAGCAGCAGCAGCAGCAGCAGCAGCAGCAGCAGCAGCAGCAGCAGCAGCAGCAGCAGCAGCAGCAGCAGCAGCAGCAGCAGCAGCAGCAGCAGCAGCAGCAGCAGCAGCAGCAGCAGCAGCAGCAGCAGCAGCAGCAGCAGCAAGAGCAAGAGCAAGAGCAGCUUUCAGAGCAGAUGGAACAAGUCACAAUAUUUUCUUUGCGAAUCUCCCCACCACUCUCCCUUCCACUCUCCCUCCCACUCCCCCCUCCACUCUCCCUUACACUCUGCCUUCCACUCUCCGUUCUACUCUCCAUCCCAAUCUACCCUCCACCCUCCCUCCCACUCUCCCUAACACCCCACCUUCCUCUCUCCCUCCCACUCUCCCAAUCACUCUGCCUUCCACUCUCGCUCCCACUUCCCCUCCCACUCUCCCUCUCGCUCUCCCUGAAUCCCCCUUCCCUUUCCCCCUUGACCCAGCCACGUGUGCCUCACAGCCCCCAACAGCCACCCGCCAUGACACGCAAGUGAAGCGGCAGAAUUGGCUACCCCCAACCAUGGACGCACAGUUGCCUGGAGUGACUUCCGGGUCCAUGCAAAGCUACCCAGCUGUGUGUGCCACAGAACCCCUAACAGCCACCGACCAUGACACGCAGCUACCCUCUGCCAUGGACGCACAGUUACCUGCAGUGAAUUCCAACUCGAUGCAAAGCUACCCUGCUAUGUGUGCCACAGAGCCUUUAACAACCACCAGCCCUGGUGCGCUCGUGAAUCUGCGGAAGCGCCCGGCCUCUGCAAUGGAUGCAUCGCCGCCUGCUCCCCCUGCCCUAGCCAGUGCUCAAGUCGGUGCCUUGUUCCCUGCUGCAGCAGGGCAUGGAGGGAGUGUUCCAUUGCCCCAGCAGGAGAUGCCUGGGCCUGUGAUUCCCGCAGCAGUGUUAGAGUUCCUGGGGGGAGCGAGCACCAUCCGAGUUUCAGACUUUGCAGCUGAUGACGUGCGAAACGAGCUGCAAUUGUGGCUCGAGGGCGCAGCUUAG